AUGGUGAACACAUUCAAGUCCCUCGCUGGUUUGGCGGCUCUCUCAAGCGUUGGCAAUGCCAAGCUCUACGAACUCCCCCAAGCUACCACUUCAUUCAACUUUCCUCUCGACCAAUUCAGCCCUCAGCCGACCAAAGCCCCCGCUUACGCUGACUUGAGGAAAAGGCAAUCAUCAACAACGACCACGGUCCUCGUUGCGCCAGAUAACACUUGUGGUUACAUCUCUGGGCGUGCCGGUGCGGCAUACACAUGCGGGACUGCCGCCAGCUGCAUCUUCUUCACAUCGGUGAACAAAAACACCCCCGGCCGAGUUGCCUGUUGUGAUGCCAGUGAUUGUGGCGCUCGACGGACAUGUUACGAUUCUAAACAGGUCUCGACGUCUAGUCUCUGUGAUGGUGGCUGUCUUGUUGAUCGCUUCACUUUGAAAUGUACCAAUACAGCUCGGCCAUACUGCAACACCAUCUCCUUUGCAGACGGCAUCUUUGACUACUGGUGCAAUACGGCAGAGAUAUCGACCCCGCAAGCCGCGACGACCACUUACGCCGGCGGACCGGCACGCAACUGGACACCGCUCGCCUUAACAGACGACACAACAUCCAGCAGUGUCAUCCGACCAGCCAGCUCCGGAGUCAUCACAGGCACCGCCAGUGGUUCUGUGUCCGCGCCCUCUAUCACUACCUCUCCCGACAAUGACAACAAUGGCGGGAUAAACAACAAUAACAACAACAAGUCCUCGACCCCCGUCGGUGCCAUCGUCGGAGGCGUCAUCGGCGGCAUCGCCGUCCUCGCACUCAUCGGCUUUGGAAUCUUCAUUAUUCUACGCAAAAAGAAGAAGACGCAACAACCCGGACCCGGAUCGCACGGCCAACCUCCAAUGAUGAGCCAGCAGCAGCAGCAGCAACCACCUCCAAUGGGCUACGCUCCUGCGCCCCAAGGCUCGCCGGCACCGUACGGCGCCCAAACGCAGACGCACUCCUUCUACGAGCCAAAGUACGACGGCCAGGGCGGAUACCAGCAGCAGAACUACGGCAACACGCCCCCUCCCCCUCCUCAACAGGGCGGCGGCUACCAGCAACCCUACUACAACGGCAAUAUGGCGGUCCCCGAUCGCGCAGACACGACGAGCCCCAGUGCCAUGUCUCAGGGAACGCACAGCAACCGGCUCAGCACGCGACCCGUCAGCCCGAAUCACCCGCAAGGCGGGUUCCAGCAAUUUGGCGGUGGCGGGCAGCCGCAGCCGACUAUUCACGAGGCACCUGCUAAUGGUGAUGGACACAGGGGGCAGAUGCACGAGCUUGCCUAG